CGUUUCUUGGUAAUCUAUUCUGACUAUAGAACUCCCUUCAUAUGUGGCGAGAGAUUUUCAAAAUUUUUAGCCGCUAUCUGGUUGUAUUUGAAACAUCGCGAAAUCGUGUCAUAUUUCUCUUAUGAUCAUCAGAAUUCAUGGCAACGACAAGUCAGCUUUGCAAAUGCUUGCAUUGGGCUGUUGGGUUUGGUAUUCCUCCAAUUGAGCGUUAAUUUUCCGGUGCCAUACAUUCAAGUUAGUUCUAAUAUGAUGCUGCUGAUAUGCAGUGUUGUGUAUGUAUGGGUUCAUACCGCUCUUUCGUCCUUCAUAAUUGACCGGAACAUAGCCCGUACAAAGCUUUUCCUUGUUAGGACUUCAUUAGCUGCCGCUUUCACUUCAUGCUGUGGAAGUGGUAAUUCAGGAGCUGUCUAUGAAUGGGGAGCAUACUUUUUUAUGUGUCUGUUCCUUCUAACUGAUGCCUAUGAAUUCCGCAAUCUCAUUUUCCGUGCUCCGAAAUUGGUGAUUCCCGGUGCUCCGUUGUAUAAUGCUGAACGGUUGAGGUCGCAUUCGCCGUUGCUCUCCCCAUCAUUAUCAUUCGCUGAUCUAACAAAUAGCGCAUUGAGAGUACCUUUGGUACUGUAG